AUGGCAUACUUUUAUAGAAUGGUUGGUGACGGAAUCAAACUAGCAUCACUGAUAUUGCUCCCCGAACUCAAUGACGUCCCUACUAUGAACAAAUUGACCUCCGUUGAACUUGAUCGAUCAGUUACAACCGAACCUCAACCUGAGGAGGACUCGCUAGGCUACCUACUCCCCCUCAUUUUUAAACCUUUCACAGUCCCUAUUCCAUUAGUAGCCAAACUCACAAUCAAACUCAGUAAAAUCAUAUAUCGCAACAAACACAUUAACAACACAUUUCGCCUAAACAGCCCAGAUAAUAUGGUGCCAUUGUAUGAUACCAAUGCAGGGCUUUGGAACUGGGGGCUUCCGCUAUCGUAUCCUAACGGUGGUGGUGUAGCAGAAGACUGCAUCCCUUUGCCAGGUGUUGAGAAAAGCACCCACGAAGAAAUAUUUGCUACAUUCAUCAAUGCUUUUGCUACCUCCAUGGCUGAAUCACAGCUGAAACUGCUCACACCAUCUGCAACUCGAAUAUGGAGUGCAGCUCAUUCAACGACUCCCGUGGAAGGCACCGAAAUCAGGUGCAAACCGGAUCUCGUCUUGUCUGACGAUAUAAAGCCGAAGUGGGGCAACAUCAGGGUCUGUGCUGAGUUGACAGUCAGCAGCUACAAGCCUGCACAGCGGCUUGUGAGAGCUGCAGACACUCAAGCAUAUCUAUUGCUGAGCAAUCAGCCCUGGAGAUGCUUCACACUCAUUUUAUCCUUCACCAGUGGCUAUAAUGACCUCAGAGUCUUAUUGUAUGACCAUUCCGGUGGCAUCGUGUCUCCCUACUGUAACAUCAACCACCAGCCUAACAUAUUUGCCCAAAUCAUUGCUACUGUCAUCUUUGGUAGUCCAGAAUGUAUCGGGUAUGAUGCCACAAUUACUUUCUGGAAAAAUGUUCCGCUUCCUCCACCCCCGGGUGCACAUAUGCCUGGCUGCCAUCCAUUCAAAAACCUUCCUGCUCGAGCCAAUACUACUUGUGACAUGUCGAUCACACCAUCUCUUGAUGUGUUCCCUGAGGAUCUCCAGGAAGGACCCUCUAGUGGCGCCCUCAAGCACAAACCAAUGCCUCUUCGCGACUCUUCUCACAACUCGAGAGAAGAAUAUUCCAUCUCUCCCUCCCCUUCCUCCCCUUCCUCCCCUUCCUCCCCUUCCUCCCCUUUCUCCCCAUCCCCCCAUCUUCCACUUCCACUUCCACCCCUUGAAGCCACUAGCGCUUCCUUGUUGAACCUCGUGUCUCGAGCUCCUGUGGGGGGAGAUGAUUCUAGUUUUAGCGCUACACCUCAUCCUUCCCAGUAUCCCCAUACCCCUCAAUCGCCUGCGGAACCCUGUGGCAAGAUCUGCAUCAACAAUAAGAUAUACACCAUCCAGAAGAUUCUUUUUACAACAAAGGGCCUUGUUGGUCAUGGGACCGUUUGUUAUCUUGUCAGUUUGGACAAGCGAGAGUUUAUAAUCAAAGAUCACUGGGUUCAGGGCGACCAGGACAAGGUCAUGAACGAGAUCAAGAUGUUAGAGGUAAUGCACGGUGUUCCUGGUGUUCCAAAACUCGUGGAUUACUGGAUAGUUGAAAGGUCAGAUGGAAAGGUCGAUAGAAUGAAAGAAUAUUGUCAUCCAGAUGUUGCGGAUGCCACGAGCAUCCUCGGUACCUAUCGUACCCAUGUUUGCCUCAUCAUGGAGCCAUGCACCCGCCCCCUUACUGAGUUCCAAACACUCAGGGAGUUUGUGAAAGCACUUAGGGACAUUGUUAUUGUCCAACGUACGGCAGUAUUAGAGCGCAAUGUUUUGCAUCGCAAUUGUAGUCUCUACAAUGCGAUGAUUGUAGAUGAACUGGAUGACAGCAAAGGGAUGUUGAUUGACUGGGAGUUCGCAGUGUUCAUUUCCGAAAAUGGUGAAUACUCUAUAGGUGGCACAGGCACAAUUCCUUUUAUGUCACACAGGCUUCUCGCCCAGGUUGCAGAUCUGCAGGUGCAAGCUACAAAGCAACAAUCUAGAAAAUCAUCCUCCAACACACCCACGCUGCCGAUAUCUCGCGUCUCACAAAGCUAUGCGGACGACCUUGAGUCCCUCUUUUACGUGUUCAUUUACAUUUGCAUCAAAUACAGCGGCCCUCAUGGUGAGGAGCGUCAAGAGCCUGCAAAGGACCCGCCACACGAGAUAUUACCAGAUAGCUGGAUGACCCUCGACCUAAAUGCCUGCAAGUUAAAAAAAAACAUCUCUUUGUUCUCAUCCACCAAGGAGAACCUCAAGAAAUUUGCUGUUGGUCUUGAUGAUCUUGUCAAACACUCGAAGCAUGUUGCCGAGCGGGAGUCAUCUAUCGGAACAGAGUCACCUAUCUCCAUGCAUUCGGCUAACUUAAAGCAGAAGAGAGCAGAAGCAGAAGACGAAAGCGGCUGA